UUGAGUGCAUAAUAAUAAUAUUACAAACAGGCUAAAAUUUCAACAACUUAACAAAUGAAUUGGGACUAACAAUAUAAUAUCAGUAGUCAUCAUUGGUUUCAUUUAGUUAUAACUCCACUUCCACUAGUUUCGCAGACAAUAUUUGGGGUGAAAUGUAGUUUGGAUUACCAGUAUGCAGUAUAUCUACAUGUACAGGUCAGAAGUGGACAGACCAGUAACCAAACCAUUAAAACUAGUGUUGAAAGUUGCACAACCUUCUGAUAGUCUAUCUGACAACUACAGCUCACCAGCGCACGAUGAAAAGAAACAUAAACAUAAGAAAAAGAAGAAGAAAAAGUCCAGUGAUAAAGAAAAAUAUAAAGAUAAAGAUGAGAGUCGAAAGAGAAAAGCUGAAUCUCCUAUAUUGGAGGAAUACGAUAGUCAGGAAUCGCCGGUCGUUAAGAAACAGCAGCUUGAAAUUGAUGAACCAGAAACGAAGAUGGAAGUAGAUGAUUCAGAUACAAAAUCUGAGUCCAGGUUUUCAAUGACACAAGAAAAUGAUGGAGCCUUAUUAAAAGUUUGUCUUCAGUAUCUUCAGAAAACAAUUCAAGGGAAAGAUACACAUGGGUUUUUUGCAUUCCCGGUAACUGAUGCUAUAGCGCCUGGUUAUUCUAGUAUAAUACAUCAUCCAAUGGAUUUUAGUGCCAUGCAAGCUAAAAUAGAGAACGAAGAAUAUCGCAGUGUUGGUGAAUAUAAGAAAGAUUUUGUUUUGAUGUGCAAUAAUGCUAUGACAUAUAACAGACCAGAAACUAUUUAUUACAAAGAAGCUAAACGAUUACUGUUUAUUGGUGUUAAACAACUUAGUAAGGAGAAGUUAUUACAUAUGAAGAAAAGUAUGAGUUUUUUAGCUAAUUUAUCAUUAGAAGAAAUGGGUUUAGAUGAAAUAGAUAAAUCAGCUGAAGUUGUUAAUAUGAUUAAUGAAGAAGAACAAAGACAAAAAGAACUCCAAAAAAAGAAAGAAAAGCAAAACAAAAGUUUAGGAAGAUUUGAAGCUGUACCAGAUAAUCUAUCACCAGAAGAAAUAUUAGCACAAGCACAAGCAGCAGCUAAAGAAGCUAAAGAGGAAUUAACUUUACGACAACCUAAAACCGAUUUUGCUUUUUUGAGAAAAAGGGAAGAUGGUAGUACAACAUUAAAUAUUUUAAAUCCUGAUAAUGAUGGCAAAGUAAGUGAAACAGAGAAAGUUGUAAAUAUUGGAACGUUAAUAGGAAAGUUAACCUCAGGGACGGGCACACUAGCUGCUUAUAAAGAAGAUAAACGAAAUAAAGUUACACCAAUUAACUAUUUAAACUAUGGACCAUUCAGUAGUUAUGCACCAACAUAUGAUUCUUCUUUCUCAACUUUAUCUAAAAGUGAAUCAGAUCUUUUAUUGGCUACAUAUGGUGAUGAGACAGGUGCUCAAUAUGCUACCAGUGUAAUGGAUUUUGUGGAUACUUCUGGUGAUUAUGCUGUUAAAAUGGUGAAUAAUUUAUUAGAUAUCUUAACUAAAUGUGAACACAGUAAAACACAGAGAAUAUUAGAAGCUAAACGUAAGGAAGAAGAACAACAGAGAAUACAAGAUGCUAAAGAAAAGGAGUCUAUUAAUAGCGUGGUUGCUGAGCACACAGCAGUAGAUACAUCCAUUGUUAAAGAAGAAUCAGAAAUGGAUAAAAUACAACAGAAAUUAGAUCAUACAGCUAGUUUAAUUACUACAUUACAUGAUAAACAGAAAGAAAGACUUAGUGCUAAAUUACCCUCACAUUUAGCUCAUAUACCAGGUCCUACAGAGAAAGAAGCUGAACUAGCUGAAAAAGUUACACAAGAGUUAACUGCCCUUGCUAAAGCAGCUGCACCACAAGAGAUAGUCAGUAUGAAUUCAGUUCGUAAAGCAAUGGGUAUAACACUAGUACCAGUUUCACCAUCCUCUACACAACCAGCAGAUGACAGUAAUACCGAAGCAGACGUGAAUAAUCAGAGUAUGAAUAGUGAUGUAUCAGAAAUAGACAAUGAAUUUCAGGAAUUUUUGCAGUCGGCUUCAUGAAUAUUUUGCAUUAUUUUAUUAUCAUAUUUUUUCUUUCAUUUUUUUUCAUCCUCACAUCGUAAUAAAAGAAUGUAAAAAUU